AUGCGUACAGCACUCGCCGCUCUGUCUCUCGCGUCGCUCCUCAUACUUCCUACCAGUGCACACUUCUCGCUGACGGACGAGUACGUCGGUCGCGAUUUCCUACAGAGCUGGAACUGGGAGUCCAUCGACGACCCCACCCAUGGUCGCGUAAACUACCUCUCACAGACAGACGCGCUCAAUGGCAAUCUAACCUAUGCGACGGACAACAAAUUCAUCAUGCGCGCCGACGCUAACAACAUCGUCUCCCCCACCUCGCGAGGGAGGGACAGCGUGCGCAUCUCCUCGCAGCGGGCAUACGACGAAGCCGUCGUCGUUCUCGACCUCAGCCACAUGCCGGAAGGCUGUGGCACAUGGCCUGCCUUCUGGUCGCUGAGCCAGCGUGGACCCUGGCCUCAUGGCGGCGAGAUUGACAUCAUCGAAGGCGUCAACCAAGACAAGCUGAACCUGGCAUCACUACACACAACGCCGGGCUGCACGAUGCUCCCGCCGCGCGCUAUGACCGGAACCGCUACGUCGACGAAUUGCGACGCCGCCGUGAACUUCAACCAGGGCUGCGGCUCCUCGUUCGCGAAGCCCGCGUCGUACGGGUCCGACUUCAACAGCGCCGGGGGCGGGUACUACGUCCUCGCCCGCUCCAAAACCGACGGCGUCCGCGUGUACUUCUGGUCGCGCUACGACCCCGCCGUGCCGCCCGAGAUCAGGAGCGGCCCCGCUGCGGGCCUGCUCGGCACGCAGAGCAUGUACCCGACCGCGUACUGGGGCGAGCCCGAGGCGACGUUCGCGCUCGGCGACAACUGCGACUACGACAGCCACUUUGACGCACACUCGUUCGUGUUCGACCUCACAUUCUGCGGCGACUGGGCCGGCUCAGACUACCCUAACACUGGAUGCCCUGGGACGUGCGAUGACUUUGUGAUGAAUAACCCUCAGGCUUUCGCGAACGCAUACUGGGAAAUCAACUCGCUCCGUAUCUACACCCCGCAACAGUAG